AUACUUUAUAUACAGACCGUUAAAUUUGCAAGGAUGGUGAAGGUCGUUAAGCCCGUCGAAAUAACUGCGACAUUACGAUGCAAAGUAGCUGUAAUUGGCGAGGCGGGCAUCGGGAAAAGUUCGCUCAUCUCAAUGUUCACAAGUAAAGGAAGUAAAUUCAAUAAGAGUUACGUUAUGACCAGCGGAGUGGAUGUCGUGGUAGCUCCAAUAGUUGUCCCGGACACAACGGUUCAGGUGGAACUAUACCUUCUGGAUACAGCUGGGAAUGAGCUCUACAAGGACCAGAUUUCCCAAUAUUGGAAUGGCGUGUACUACGCCAUGUUGGUCUUCGACGUCAGCUCUAUGGAGACGUUCGAAGCGUGUAAAGCAUGGUACGAGCUCCUUAAAUCCGCAAGGCCCGACCGUGAGCGCCCACUGCGCGGAGUGCUGGUGGCCAAUAAGGUUGACUUGCCGCCGCAGCGACAGCAGGUCCGCCUGGAGAUGGCGCAGGAGUGGGCCACCAACAACGGCUUGGACUUCUUCGACGUGUCCGCGGCCCCCCCCGGCAAGGACUUCGAAGCGCCAUUCAACAGCAUUGCGACAACAUUUUACCGAAACUACGAGGACAAGGUGACAGCCUUCCAGGAUGCCUGCCGUAACUACUGAAGUGUCCGAAAAGACCAUUUGGGACCUCUGAUGGCCUGCCUUAGCCUUCGCUGGCCCAGCCAGGCCAGCGCAAACGUGCUCUGACGUGCGUGGUUGAGGCUCUGGGGGGCUCCGGCUGCCAGCGCGGUGUGCUCAUCAUAUGCAUCGCGUGUGCAAGGCGGGCAUAGAGCGGAACAAGCCCAAACUACCUUGUGAGGUUACGUGAUCGUAGCGGUGGUAGUAGCAGCAGUAGUAGCAGUGUCUGGCCUGCCGCGUUUCCUACCAACCUGUCGGUGAGACGCUUAGUAGAUGGGUGGAUGAUGUGCGCGGGAUGCCGCCGGGAUACGGCAACCAGACAUACUCACCGUGGACGCUCCAUGCGUGCAAAUGCGCUGGUGAGGAGCGCUACAUGCGCGCAUCUGAAGGAAGCAACAUGUUUCGAUGUGGCGUGGCACAGUGUAAUGGUCUUUUUCGCAGAUGCAGGCUUUGAAGAAUGCUGGUGCUGCUGCUGUUGCCGGCGGUGGGGAGGGGGGAGGUAAUGGUGGUGCGUGCGAGUCGAUCGUUCCCACAUUUGACUGCUGCAAUGAUAGCUGCAACGGGUCCAUGCCUUACGGACCCAUAGGGACCCAUGUACAUAGAGCCGCAACGGGCCCUUGUUUAACGUCUUCCUUUUUCGUCGGAUAUCACCAUCGGUUAUGUUUACAUGUCUGAACAUGUUUCAAGUGUUUGUACCAAAGUUGGGAGAGUUGCGCGCGUCACGACUCAUCCUGGACAACUCGGAUGCCGCGCUGUAUGUACUCUGUGGAUGCGCAAGACACAGACACACUACUGGCUGCCGGCAACGGCGCGCUUAACCCCUAAACACAGGAGUGGAGUGGUUACCAGAGACACUCACGUAACGAGCGACACGAUGCUGGAGUAAAGCCCAACCCUGAAAUGCAAAUUCAAGUCUUUAAUCAUCAGCC